ACAAUCAUAAUUUCAUUGCCUGAUUUAUUAAAAAAAAUGUAUAGAAAUUAAAAAAAGAGACUCAAAUGAUAGGGUUUCUGAGCCAUAGGUAAAUUACUCUUCCACCCUUAGGGUUUCUCAGCCACAGUUUUUAUUGGAUUCGAGAAACACGCACCACCGCCAAACGCAGCUGCAGCGAGCUGAGACUAACAAUGGCGACGCAGAUGAGCAAAAAGCGAAAGUUUGUUGCUGAUGGCGUGUUCUUCGCCGAGCUGAACGAGGUGCUGACUCGCGAGUUGGCGGAGGAUGGCUACUCCGGAGUCGAGGUCCGAGUCACGCCGAUGCGCACCGAGAUCAUCAUCCGAGCUACUCGUACACAGAACGUACUCGGAGAGAAGGGUAGGAGAAUUAGGGAGCUGACGUCAGUUGUUCAAAAGCGUUUCAAGUUCCCAGAGAACAGUGUCGAGCUUUAUGCUGAGAAGGUAAACAAUAGGGGCCUCUGUGCCAUAGCUCAGGCCGAGUCAUUGCGGUACAAGCUUCUUGGAGGCCUUGCAGUUCGGAGGGCUUGCUAUGGUGUUCUGAGGUUUGUUAUGGAGAAUGGUGCCAAGGGAUGUGAGGUGAUCGUAAGUGGAAAGCUCCGUGCUCAGCGUGCCAAGUCCAUGAAGUUCAAGGACGGGUACAUGAUUUCCUCUGGGCAACCCGUCAAUGAGUACAUUGACUCUGCUGUGCGACAUGUUCUACUUAGACAGGGCGUACUUGGUAUCAAGGUUAAGAUUAUGCUCGAGUGGGAUCCGAAGGGCAAGGUUGGGCCGAUGACACCUCUGCCGGACGUUGUCACCAUCCAUCCGCCGAAGGAAGAGGAAUAUAUUCCUCAAAUUCCUCAAACUGUGGCACCUGCCAUCGAAGUAGCUUGAAAAUGAGGUGGUUUCACCUUUCAUAUCUAUGUUUUCUGGCUGGUUACAUUUGUUUCUGAACUAGUAGAAAUUUUCUUAUGUUUCCCUUAUGAAGUAAAAAAAACCCUUUUUGAUCUAGAAAAACUUGUUUUUAUAUUAUAUACUCAUCUCUUGUAAUGUUUUAUUUUAUUAUAACACAGAUCAGCAAAAUUAUUUUUCCA